AUGAAAGGAGAGGAGAUAUCUUCGAGCGCUCCCUUGAAUAAAGACCUUGUUGACAAAAUGGUGGUCAGUGGCUCUUCAUAUUUUUUCUUAUGUCAAGUUGGUAUUAUGUAAUAUUUCUUUUCAUUUUUUAAUGAUGCUUAGGUUCCCGGAGAUGUUAUUCUAGACCUAUCAAAGAUGACCAAUCAGACAAUUAAACUAGGUUCGGGGUUGUGCCAGGUGAAGAUCCGUCUCAUGGUUGAGGUUCUCCAGGGCCUUUUUUUUUCCCUCUUCGCUAAGGAUAUAAUUCUAUGUGUUAUAAUGUUGUGCUUCUUCAGGAUGGUGACACAAUCACAGUGAUAAAGGCUGGGAGAUUGAGAUUCUCAAAGCCAAACAAGUAUUGGAUUGAGAACUCACAGAAAAGAGUGAGUGUUUAUGCAUCCACGUAAUGGAGAAAGAUGGUUAUCAAAAUUAUUUUAAAAUGACUUAUAUCCUAUUUUGGAUAUAUUAACUCAACUUAUUUUAGAUAUUUUAAAUAAUUCACGGAAUUGCACUGUUUUUUCUAAUUGUCGUGCAGUACAUACCAUCUGCUGGGGAUACGAUUCUUGGCAUCGUGGCUGACUGUAGACCAGAUGUGAGUCCAUCUUCAUCUGUUCUAUAACAUUUGAUUUUCUUGCCAUAGUUCGCUUAGAGGCUUGGCGUUUUUGUGGUGGUAUGUCAGCUCUGCUGUGUAUGACAAAAUAUUUGGUGUCUAAUGGAGGGUAGUCGUUACUGCAUUUGAAUUUUGUUGCAGAAACUUGAUACGUAGGCUUGCACAUGCUCUGCUUGAAUUCUUAGGCUUGAAGGAGUUAAUUGUUUAUGUUGUGCUAUUUCUACACUGCCACCUUGGAUGAAGAAAAUGCAUUUUUUUUCUUUUACCUUCUUGGGCUUUUUACUGUUUGGCUCUAAGUGAACCAUUUCCCCUUUUUUUAUUGUUUAAGUUUUAACAACUUGUGGUGUUUUCUGAUCCAUUGAAAUAUUAUGAAAUAAUUUGCAUCAUAAGAUGGAUCCAUUGAGAUUGUUUCUUUUGUUUAGUGGACAUAUUCCUUAUCAGAUAUGAGGGAGUCCAAUUUGGUGGGAACAUCGGCCAAUUAUGAUCUGAACAUGCCGAUUUGAGCCAGAAUUGGCAAUCCUCAAUCCAAUGUCAGCUCUAAGUGUUGUACGUCUGUAUGAUGGGAGUUAGUGGGUAUAUUCCAUAUUCAUUUUUUAGUUACCUCAAAAAUCACUUGUUUUCUGGAAUUUGUGGAGUUCUUUCUGCUUCAGAAUUAUCUUCACUAGCAAGAGAAGACAUGGAGAAAGGUUUCUCUCAGGAGUUCAACUCACUCAGCGAAAGAAAAGGGAUAAGGUGUUUUACGUUCUUAAGUGGGUUGGUGACGAGGCAAAAUAGCGUGAGUGACGAACGAGUAAGGAGGGGACUGAUGCACAUUAAUUUUUUUUUGUGGUCUUUGGAUAGUGCUCAUGGAUCACAGUACUUUCCACUUUCAAGAAAUAUACCAGUUUUGAUCAGUGAAAAUCAAAGGUUUGGAACAAGGGUAUUGAGCUUGUGAAGACAAAACUUGGGCCUGGGGCUUGGAGUUAUCUCAGAGUCCCCUGUGAGUGUUAUUCAGAGUGUUCAGAGCACACCAGAGUGUAUUUGGUUUAUUAGAGCGUGCUUUCAUGCCUCGUGUGGUGCCAUCAUUUUUAGAAGGGAUGGGAGCAACUGAUAUUAGUUGAUAGUUAUUUAAUACCAUGCCAUUUGAUAUUACCUUGUCUGUGAAAAGAUAUGGAUCAUUUUUAGUUUCUCUGUUUAACCUAUGAACGCCCCUAGGUGAUUCCUAGAACUUAACAUCCUAUAAAUUCGGUGGUUGAUUUCAAAGCCACUUGUUUGCUUAUCUUUCUGCGCCAUAAGACAGCAUGUGUCAUAUGAUAUUUUAUGUCUUGCUUUUCUAUGGUCAGAACUUUUUGGUGGACAUAAAGGGCCCCACUCUAGCUUAUCUACCUGUACUAGCAUUUGAAGGAGGAACAAGACGGAACAUACCCAAGUUUGAGGUACCUAAUUCGCCUUCCAAAGUGUUUUUCUCAUUAACUCGUUCGCUCUUCCACCAUUGACCUUGUGACUUUGGAUUAGGUAGCAUGAAAAGCCUCUUUAUUAUGCUCGUUAAUUUAUUUUUUAAUCUUAGUUCAUCUACUAAGAUGCUCUGGGGAAAGUAACCAUAGAAUUAAGGAUGGAAGCUGUAGGACGAAAGCAUGACAACAGAAUGUAAUUUAAUUUUGCCAACCCACCUUCCUAUGCUGAUGAAUAAUCUUCACCAGAAAGCAAGGAAUCCAGUAAUAAGGGAGAGCAGCAAGAAAAUAAGAAGAGCAGAGGGAAGAGAAGGGAAAAAGAGUCGUCUGCGCGUCAAGGGUAAUUGAAUUUGGGCAGUCGAAGCUGACUUGAGAUUGGCCGGGCGAUCUGUCUUCCAAUCUCAUUUCUGUCUGUCCUCAAGAACUUAUCUGCCACCUCCUUCUCUACGUUGAAAAGGCUGCUGGGUGUGGAUGCUGUAAACCCUAUAGCUGGUCAACCUAUAUAUAUAUAUAUAUAUAUAUAUAGAUAUAAUCUUGAUGUUGUAGAUUGGCUUAUUGAUUAGUAUCCUCCAUAAAUACGCGCAGUUUGCUCUACAACUUUGGUUAUAUCACGGAUGUGUCAUUUAUAUGACAGGUGGGCACCCUUCUCUAUGUCAGGGUGGUGAAAGCAAAUACUGGCAUGAAUCCUGAGCUAUCAUGCACUGAUGGUAGUCACUACAAGCUUGAACCAUUUUUUGUUUGGGGAGAUUUAGUUCGCCACGACUGACUGACUGACUGACUGACUGACUGACUGACCUUGUGGCGAAUUUCCUUUCCUCCCUGCUUUGCUAGCCGGCGGGAAAGCCGCGGAGUUCGGCCCGCUGAAGGGCGGCUACAUGUUCGAAUCGUCAACUGGACUGUGCCGCAUGUGAGAUGAUUCGCCCUCGUCUCCUCUACUCUCCGCUGUUCAACCAAGAAUUUCCUCUCAAAACAAGACAUUUUGCUUUCAGGUUGCUGGGAUCUCCGGCCUGCCCUGUUCUCGAGGCCCUCGGGAAGAGGCUCUCCUUCGAGAUCGCCGUCGGGUUUAACGGCCGCGUUUGGGUAUGAUCUUCGGAUUAUGAAAAAUCUAUCUGAUUCCGUAGACCGCCCUCCGGUCAAACCCUUUGACUCUCUGACGGCGGACCCCCCACAGGUCAACGCCUCCUCUCCGAAGACGAUCGUCGCCAUCGCCAACGCGCUGAUGAGCUCGGAGUCUCUGAGCGGCGUGCAGCAGAGGAUCCUGGUGGAGAAGCUCCUGCAGAGCCCCGCUCUCAGCUGA